GAAGUUUAAGGAACUGAAUAACGGAGGAAAUGCAUUACCCAUUAAAAAACAACGUAAAAAAAAAUGCGGCAAUGUAGUUUGCCUCAAUUUAUCAGCGCAGUUUUGUUGAGGCGUUCUUUCCACUUGGGAAAUUUGCCGCAACUCUGUACAUUCGCACGUUGUUUUAAACAAGUAUGAACAGUUCAGAAAAAAAAAAAAAAAAAUGAACAAUCGGCCGAUCUAUCAUUCGGGGAGGGCAUACAAAAGUACAAAUUUACCAAUGUAACGAUCGGUGUAUCCUGUUAGAUAGCGAUAUAUGCAUUUCUCAUUUCAGCGCGAGCGAGCCACCCAAACAAGAGUAGUCCGCGCAAACCGCUGAAACAGCGCAGUCUGCCCAACCCACGCGGAACAACAUGGAUGGCUCCAUAAUCCAGGGCGACGAUGUCAUAAUUACCGACACGUUUUUAAGUGACAACGAGGAGGAGGAAAAGCUAAUAAAGCAAAAGGCCGUUGCGCAGAGGAGCGGCCGAUGGGGGACAAACAAAAGGGAUGAUAAUACCGCUCAUGUGGGAAACAAAAACUGGAGGGGCGCUCGCCAUGCAAAUUUUGACGAACCAAAUGGAGAUGGAGCAUCUUCCCCGGAGGAGGCAUCCAUAAUUGUGAAAAAUGAUAACCCAUGUGAAGAAUGGGAAAAUGAACUCGACGCGGAGGAGGGAGGAGGAGGUUUUUUCGACUUUGGCAAUUAUCUGCACGAUGUUGAUGACGGAGGGGAGGAAGACAAACAGGAGGGGAGCGGGAAGAAGAUGCGGUCUGUUAGGAGCAACAAAGUGUGGCAUGACUCGGAUGAUGAUGUGAUGGAGAGUGGCUCGAAUGCCCCUCCGCGUAUUUUCGCCGCCGAAUCGGAGGAUGGCGAAAGCCUAGACGGAGAGCAAGUCGAAAUGGGAAACGAAACGGACGAAGAACAGUUGAUCAAAAAUGAACAGAGCGAAAACUAUUUGGAAAGGUACAUCGAUAGGGUAGAUAUCGAAACGUACGAGGGGGAGGAGCAAAAAAAAAACGCAGCAUCCACCAUCAACAUGGAAGACAUAUACAUCUUUGACAACAACGAAAUGGAUUCUCACAUAAAGAAGAAGAAGCGACAAAAUAAAAUGAACGAAAAAAAUAUAUUUUUGAAAUACUACUUACAGAAAUUUACUUUCCACCAAAUUGAGGACAAAAAAAUUAGACAGCUGGUUGGCAUGCCCAAGGCAAAUUUAAUUUUGCCUGUGUAUGGCUCCGAUCUGUAUGUGCUUCAGUACAAGGAGAGGCUGCUAACCAUUUCGAAGAAGGUCUCCUUCCGCGGGAGGAUCAGCCACGUGCAGGAGCGCAACGGGAGCGCGUACAUCCUCAUGCACGACAACUAUGUGCGGAACUACAACUUGGAGAAGGGGGUUGUGUACAAAAAUCGCAUUCACCUUGGAAACGCAGGACGGGUCAUCCCCAUGGAAAUAAAAUUCUUCGACGCGGGAAAUGAGGAGAAGAAGGGGAUCCCCCAGCAGAGUAGCGACCACCUGUAUGGCAUAUCCUUCAGAAGGAGCAGAAAGAUAAAUAUCUACGACACAAGAAGUUUUGAUGUGGUGAAGAACUACGAAAUGGAUUACAAAUGUAUUGGUAUGAAUUUCCACCAAAAAACAAACAGCCUUUUUGCCAUUGACAGUAAGGGCAAUCUAUAUAACUGGUGUUUGAACACAAAUAAAUUAAUCAACAGGGUGGUAGACAACUACUCUGUUUUUCCCUCUUGCUUUAGCAUCCAUGGGGAUUACCUCGUUACGGGUUCGUUCAGUGGCUUCCUCAAUUUAUUUCAUGUGGAUGAUUUGUUGAACCCUAUUAAGAGCUUUAAAAAUUUGACGCUCCCAGUUAGCAAUGCUGUUUUUAACCCCCAAAAGGAUUGCCUUUUAUAUUACACGAAACUGGCAAAGAAUGGCAUUAAGCUGAUUGAUCUGCAUACCAAUUACGUCUAUUGCAACGUCCCAUGGUUUAAUAGCAACGUGAGGCACAACGUCCUUGCCGCGGACUUUUUCAACGGGGGCGACAAUUUGUGCUUCUCCGUCAAGCCGAAUUCGUUUUACGUGUAUGACCUGUUUGGGGGGGGUUCGGCCAGCUGAGCGCGCCGGCCUCGG